UUCUGUCUUUCUCGCCGUUAGCAUGGGGCUGUUAGUUGUUAGCUGUAGUUCAGCAUUAACGUUAGUUCUUGUCUCUACCAACACCCGGCUCAACAUUAUGGCUUCGUUUUUAGUGUUUUCUCUCAGUUGGCUUUAGUCUUGCCGAUAUUUUGAUGGAUUUGACCUUAGUUUGGUGUGUUAAAUCAGUACAAAAGUUCGUCUGUCAGUCUUCUUGGUUGGCUAACAGCAGUUAACGUUGGUAAACGUAAGGUUAGCUAACGCUAACUUUGCUAGCUUGUGCUAACGCAAGCCGAUGGAGUAAAGUAGCUUCAACUGUUUGAUAUACCGUUUUCUUCUUAUGGUCUGUGUUUGAGAAAGUGUUUUCCUUUAUAGCUAGUUAAGUGCUGUUUGGUAACGCUAAAUCCCAGGCCAGCUUACCCGGUUUGUAAGGUAAACGCUAACAUUAGCUUUAGCACUCAGUCACUCCUCGUUGAAUCUUCAUUCAAACAAUCAUCUUACAUCAUCUGCUGCCAAAAUGAUGGACUUUGAUAACAUAUUGGACAUCGCCUCGCAAAACCAGGGCGUCAGCAGUAUACAGAAGAGGUACAGUCUACAAGCUGGACCACCUAAAAAGGACCCGAGGUCGAAAGGUGUGAGUGCUUCUGCUGUGCAGGCACUUUUGCAGAAGCAACGCAGUGAAAUGAAAAAGAAAGAAAUUGAAUCAAAGAAACAGAAGGAGGAGCUACUGGCCAAGAGGGUUGAGUUGAAGUCAGACCGUAAGGCACGAGCAAUGGCUUCCAGAACUAAGGACAAUUUCAGAGGCUACAAUGGCAUCCCAGUGGUAGAUGUGCCCAAGAAGAGGAGAUCAAAACAAGAAAUGCUGCAAGAAAGAUCAGCGAAUGAGGAAAGAUUUAGGAAUAACUCAGUUGACCCAGAGGAUGAUGAGGAUAAUUAUGAGUAUGAACAGUCAGAUUCAGAACCAGAGCCAGAACUGCUGAGACCUGGGAAAACUGCAGGAUUUAGUGGGAACAGUAGCAGCAAGCUCUCCUCUAAAAAACCAAGUGGGCCACCCAAGCCCCCUCCACCUCCCAUGAACUUUGCAGAUUUACUCAAAUUGGCAGAGAAGAAGCAACAUGAGCCAGUUGACGUGAAACCCAAGGUAGUUAAAAAAGAAGAAAGGCUCAGAACAGCUGAAGAGAUAAAAGAAUUGGAGAUGGAGCGCAAGGCUAAGAGACCGAAAGAAAGAGACAGUAAGUCUCAGCCAAGCUCUAGUUCAGUAAGAAAAAACAUUUCCGAGAAGGAGCAGAAGAACUACAAAAAGCAAAAAAACUCUGUGGAAAAGCCAAGUCUGCCCAGUGGGUCAGUGAAGAAGAUGCAUCCAACACCAACUAGUGACAAAGGCCACUCUUCUUCUUCCAAGCCCUCUGUUAGUGACAGAGAAAGGGACAGACCCAAGAUGUCUCACAGUGAUAGAGACAGACCCAAGACAAGCUUGUCUAGUUCAUCUGGUGCCAUUAAUAGUAAAGUUCCUUCAAAAGCCACAUUUUCUCAGGUUUCAGCCAAACAAGGGGGCCCCAGGCCCUCAUCCAGCCACAAACCCAGCACCUCAAGUGACCUUAUCCAUAAAAAAGAAAGCUUAUCAAGAGCCUCGGGUAUUCCUGGGACCAAGACCCCUGGUACAGCUGUAACAGGCCAAAGAUCUCAACAUGGAAGCUCCCAACAGACCAGGCCCAGUCAGGGUAGCUCAUUAAAGCAGGGACCUAUAGUUGGAGGCCACAAGUCUGGAAAGGGAGAACCACUAAGACCUGGUAUGAAUACUGCUCUAAAGCCAAGUGGUAAUUCGAUGAUGAGACCUUCAUCAGGCAUCCCUCCUAAGGCAGGUAGUCAUCCUCAGUCACGGCCUGGAGGCACACUCCAGGCAAAAACUGGUGGUGUCCCUCAGGCCAGGCCUGGCGGGAGUGGCCUACAGGGUCAACCCAAAGGUGGUGGAUCCCGACCUCCUGGGAGCGGACCUGGUCGGCCUGGUGGUGGAGGACCAGUGCCUGGACGACCGACUGGCAGCAUUGGAUCAGGACCUGGAAGACCCAAGUGCACUGUGGUGUCAGAGACCAUUUCAUCCAAGAAUUUUGGUGGACCCAGACCAGGAGCCCCUCCUCGGCCAGGCAUGCCACAGAGACCUGGAAUGCCACAGAGACCUGGGAUGCCACCCAGACUGGGAAUGCCACCUAGGCCGGGAAUGCCACCCAGACCGGGAAUGCCACAGAGACCUAUGAUGAACAGACCACCAGGUCCGAUGUUACCACCUAUCACUUCGGCAUACAAGAGGAAAUACGAGGAUGAGGAAGAAGAGUAUGACCCAGAAAUGGACGAUUUUAUUGAUGACGGAGGUGAUGAGCCAGAUGACAUUUCCAGGCACAUAAGGGAAAUCUUCGGUUACGAUCGAAACAAAUACAAAGAUGAAAGUGACUAUGCACUUAAAUUCAUGGAGAGCAGCUGGAAGGAUAUGCAGAAGGAGGAGGCCAGGAGCUUGAGAAUGGCUGUGCAGGAAGAUCUGGAGGAGGAGAAAAGAGAAGAAGAGGAGCUGAAAAGGAGAAAUGUCAAGAGGAAAAAGAAGAACUGAAAAGAACUUUGUGGUUAAGAUGAAUAAAAGAAACUGUCUCCUGAAAGGUGGAGACAGAGGGUCGGCCAUCCUUAACACCUGAAACCAAGUGACUGUGUCCACCUUGGCCUCUGUUGCUGUCUCUCUGCUUCUCUCCUUAUGUUCGGACAAAAACUGAGUGGAGUGACUAAUGACGAUGGCUUCAGAGGAGAGGAGAAGAGUGUCGGUUCAAGACAACCUGAAAAAGUCAAAGACAAAUAUGCACAAAUCAUUCAGGCAUUAGUUGACAAAAAAAUCUCACACUUUCCCUGUUAUAUUAUUUAUUUCCCCCACCAAGUGCAGGGUUUACACUGUCAACAGCCCCUAUUUCUUAAGAGCAUCUGAGCUUCAAAGAGAACUAUUAAUAUGAAAGAGUGAUUUUUUUUUUUUAGACAAAGACAUAUAAUGUCAUGUGUUGAUAAAAUGCUAUUUUUCAGCAGAAGUUGUUGCAUAUUUUUCCAAACAAACUGAUUGUAAAGGCGGUUACGUAUGCAGAAAACAUUACCACUUGAUGUGCUGUGUGUUUCUCUUAAAGGGAAUUACAGAAAUGAUUUAUUGAAGCGUUUAAUUGUGUAGUUUUAUGUCAGUUUUCUCAGAGUAUGACAAUCUUAGUAAUAUAUACAUGACUUGGGUACUAUCACUAGUACAAAUAUCAUAAAAAUGGUAUGAAUUUUAGUCAGUUAUUAUUCUUUCGCUAUAUAUUGUGUGUUAUGUUUUUUUUUAAAGUUGUUAAUUAUGUUAAAUGACUGUAUGUAGCCGUAAACUGACAGUAUGAACAGCAACAAGCAGCGUUAAGGCCUUUUUCUUCCUUCCUGGCUUGCCGUAAUGACGUAUCAAGUGGGAGUUUCUGUCGUUGCGCUUAGCUACUCCUGAAAGUUUGCGGAAGUUUACUCAGCAGCCAAAGUGGAAGUCAGCCGACAAGAGGGGAAAGAACCGAAACACGUGAUUUUUGUGGUUGUACUUCAAUAGAUGGACCUACGUUCAGAGAAAAUACAGCGGAUACUCUCCAAGGUCAGUUAUUUAAUAAACGAACAGUUAUGGAAAUGGUUAAACUUAAAGCUGUUUACGUAUCAGUGCCGGUUAGCAUAGCAGGCUAGUUAGCUAAAGCUACUGUCGGGCUUCACCAACUGGCAGAACCAGCUCUGUUACUUGCCAUGUCCCGGAGGAAUAACACAGAAAUAUGACAUAGUGAAAGACGAAAACGAAGUGCUAGCUAGCAUUUUUACAAAACAAGCUAAUGAUAGAGAGCCAUGAUAAAUGUAAAAUCACUGCCAUGGGCUGUUUGACCCCUCAGUGCUGCGUUAUGUUAUUGCUAAAGGAAUUUACAUAAUUGUCCAAACACCCAUGGGUUACAACUGAAAGCUAAUCUGUUGCCCUUUGUCAUACUAUGUGCUGAUAAAGUAGCCAAAACAAACAUGUAUUCCAGUGUUGCUGGUGAAUGUUAGUGACCAGUGUUGAAUACAGCUCAUUUGUGUGAUGGCAAGCAGCAUAAUAAAAUCCUGAAUGCUUGACUGAA